AUGGAGGGUGCGCGCGCUGGCGGGACAGCGGGGCUGGCGCGCGCCGUGCUGGAGCGGGCGCGGCGGAGGCGGCGGCGGCCACCGGGAAGGGAACCGGCCUCGGUCCCGGAGGAAGAUUCAGAACGUCUCAGUGCAGCCUUUGCUUCAAUUGUGAAUUUGAUGAAUCAAGUCACAAAGGAAUGCGAGGUGUACUAUGGUUUCACAGCAGCCUGUAGAUGCAAAGAGCAUGAAAUCAAACACAUCUGCAGAUACCACAGCAGGCAAGAAGGGCACAGAGAGCUGGAGUCCUCUGAAGAAGAGAGGACUGAAGCCUCUGUAACACCCAGUCAAGAUCAGUCAUGCCUGCAAUGUGAUGGCAAAACAGUAAUGAAACUUCCCUCUCCACUCCCCCCCAAGACCAGACAACCUUCCAAAGACAUCUACAUUGAAGUUUCUCCUGGCAUCUACUCUGUCACAGCAACCUCAGAGGACAUGGUACAGCAAACCCACACAGUGGAUGUCAGUGCUGGACAAAGCAUUGAUUUAACUUUUUUUCUAUGAUUUUUGGGGUUUUUUUAGCAACCAUGGGAAUAAAAUAUGAGGCUAUUUUAAUGCAUGUCAUGAACUAUAUCUUUUUCUUGUUAGCACUUUAAUGGUAUCUUCAUCUUUGGGACUCCAUUUUUAUGGCCUGUAUAUCCAGCCCACUUUGUACACCGAUUUUAAAAAUAUUUGUACAUUGUGUGCCUUAAAUCCAAUUAUGUGACUGUGAUUCCAGGUUCCUAACAAUUAAAGAUACAACCAGUGGAAUAAAAUUCA